GAAGAAAGAAAUCAAAUGCCCGAGAACCAGUCUAAAGAGCGCCAAUCAAAACCCUUAAGUGUAAAUUACCAUUUUACUCGAAGAUGUAAUUAUAAAUGCGGCUUUUGUUUUCACACGGCGAAAACUUCUUUUGUUUUGCAAAUUGACAAAGCCAAACUUGGAUUAAAAUUGCUGAAAAAAGCAGGAAUGGAAAAACUCAACUUUUCUGGAGGGGAACCAUUUCUGGAAGAUCAGGGAAGAUUUGUGGGUGAACUAGUUAAAUAUUGUAAAGAGACCCUGUGUCUUCCCAGUGUAUCUAUUGUUAGUAACGGCAGUUUGAUAAAACGGUCUUGGUUCCAACAAUACGGUAGCUAUCUUGAUAUUCUAGCGGUAUCAUGUGACAGUUUCGAUCCAGAGACGAAUAAAUUGAUUGGUCGACAACAAGGAAGAAAAUGUCAUUUAGAGAGUUUACAUAAUGUAAGAAAAUGGUGUACUGAAUACCAGGUGGCGUUUAAAUUAAACACUGUUGUCAACAGAUUUAAUAAAGAUGAAGAUAUGACAAAACAGAUCCAAGAGUUAAAUCCUUGUCGUUGGAAGGUGUUUCAAUGUUUACUACUUGAUGGUGAAAAUAGUGGUGAUGAUGCUCUGCGAGAUGCCGAACGAUUCCUGAUUUCCGACGAGGAUUUCCAGGAAUUUUUGGAUCUCCAUUCCAAUAUAGCUUGCUUAGUGCCAGAAUCCAACGACAAGAUGCAGAAUUCGUAUUUGAUCUUAGACGAAUACAUGCGGUUUCUAGAUUGUCAACAAGGAAAGAAAAUACCGUCGAAAUCCAUCCUAGAUGUGGGAGUAGAUAAAGCAUUACAGUACAGCGGAUUUGAUGAAGCUAUGUUCCUCAAGAGAGGUGGAAAGUAUAUAUGGUCUAAAGCAGACAUGAAGCUCGAGUGGUAAAACAGUCAAAAUGCUCCUUAUUGAUUAAUUCUCUGAAAUGUUUCUGAAAGCAGCUAAAUAUCAAGUAUCAGUAUCAUCUUUAAAACUGUAUAUACGGCGCCUGGUUUGAAAUACUCCAAUUCAACUGUGGUGGUAGCUUGGUAACACAGGCUAGAGCUAGUGCGAGGGUUUUUGCGUUUGCUUUGAUUCUUGAAAGCUAUGACGGUAUCGAUGUUUUAUAAUAGCAUGCUGCAUCUCUUGCCCGUACAAACGUGUUGUUGUUUAUUUUGUGAAAAUCAAGGUCGCCCCAGGAUAAGUGACGAUACGAUUUGACCAAAUAUUACCAGAACUCAAAACACUUAUAAUAAAAGCUUCAGAUUCAUAUCUCUUCCUAAUGAGAAAAAAUUAACUGAAUUUAAAACUUUUUUUAAAGCACCGUGUCCCUAGCGUUUGUUAGAUUAUUAUAUAUAUAUUUUUUGUUUGAUGUUAGAUUGUAACAAUUUUUAAUUACUAAAUUCUUCCUAUUUAAAUGUACCUUAAUUCUUUUAUCGAGUAUUUUUUAUUUAUAAUUAUAACGGUCGUUAUGGAAUGGAAUGGUGCAAAUUGAUGCUUUAAGUUUCCCCGAUACACGUUAAAUAUAUCAGUAUCAUGUGGCUUUUAAAUGAACUAUAUUUAGCGAACUUCUGAUAGAAUUCAAAUGUCUUGAACUUUGAGCCUGUGCCUGCAUGUCUCCUUCCUGUAUGGGGCUCUUUUUGCUUUCUACACAUUGAAAAUCUUUUAUCUCUUUGAACAGUGCAUGUCGUUGUGACUUGUGAGGAGCAGAAAAAGUAGGAUGUCAUUAUAUUUCUAUGGUCGAAAGCGUUUCUAGUUUUUUUUUUUAAAAAAGUAACAACGAUAAUUUCACAGAAUUAUAUUAUCUGAUUUAGAACAAUACAAUACAAUAGCAAAAACACACAAGACGAUAAAAUAAUUUUUAUAAGUAUAUGAAAACAUGUUUGAACGAUUCUGUAGGUCUACAGUCAAAUAAAUGUAAGAAACUGCACACCCUUGUGAUAUUGGUAUAAAUGACUCAAUCUUGUAUUUGCUCAAAAUAUCAAAUCCUGUUUCAGGGUUUUCAAACGCACGUAUGGGUAUUCAAAAUGGCGAAAAUAUAUCCACCGCUUUGUAUUUUGCAAUAUAUAUAAAUGAAUGCUUUGAAUGAAAACAUCUUUCAACAA